UAAUAAAAUUUACUGAACAUUUUAAUUGAUCGAUGCGCGCGUGUGAUCACGUGACCACGUCAACAACCAACCAGGCUUUCUCUUCCGGCGUUUCGGAUGAAACCUCUUCCGGUGUGUGACUCGGUGAUUAUCGCGGCGUACCUCUUCUUCAGCAGGAACACAAAAUGUCGUCCACGUCACAGAAACAUCGAGACUUCGUCGGGGAACCGAUGGGCGAAAAGGCCGUCACCGCGCUCUCCGGUAUCGGUUCUACGUUGGGCGUCAAUCUGAGCAAACAAGGCUACGAUAAGGCGAAUGUGCUGCUGGGACAAUUCCUUCUGCUGAAGAAGGACACGGAAUUGUUCGCGGAAUGGCUGAAGGAUAUCAGCGGCGCAAACGGCCGCCAGGCGACCGCCUGCACCCAGUGUUUGAAGGAGUGGUGUGACGCCUUCCUCUGAGACCACGCCAUUGUGAUAUAUCUUCGUUUACACUACUUUGUGUUUGUUUACAAUAAAGUGUUGGGUCAUUUGCA